AUGAAGUCUCUCUCCCAGAAUAAAACCCCUGUAGCAACUAAAACACCAAAAAGUAAUGGCAAAUCUACUUCUGGUAAAUCAAAGAAACAAUUAAAGACUCCCAAGACCCCAUCUGCCGGUGACCGUUUCAUUCCAAACCGAGCAUCCACUCAGUUUGAACUGGGUUACUACAAAGUGAUGAGUGAGAAUAUAGCCACAACCGACCAGGCAAUGAUGAGCCCUUCUCAGCAGGAAUACCAGAAAAUCAUGAAUGAAAAUUUGAAUGGGGAGAUUCUCAACUCAAAGAUAAUCUCCUACAAGUCAAAGCCCCCAAAUGCACCAGAAGGCCAUCAGAAUAACUUGAAGAUUUUGUACAGUACUGGCAAAUGUGACCGGGGCAAGAAACUUACCAGGCAUAUUCCACAGGUGCCUGACAGAAUCCUUGAUGCUCCUGAAAUUUUAGAUGACUAUUAUUUAAAUUUACUUGAUUGGUCUGUGAACAACCAACUUGCAGUGGCUCUUGGUGGUCAUCUCUACUUAUGGAAUGCUGGAACAGGGCAAAUAACUCAGCUGACUGAAAUGGAAGGGCCAGAAGCCUACAUUAGUUCUGUUUCCUGGGUCAAAGAGGGCAACUUUUUGGCAGUUGGUACCAGUGAAGGUGCCAUAGAAAUCUGGGAUGUAUUCCAGGAAAAGAGGCUCCGAACAAUGACUGGACACUCAGGACGUGUUGGAUCACUGUCAUGGAAUUCACACAUCUUAAGCAGUGGUUCUCGAAGUGGGCAUAUCCAUCACCAUGAUGUACGUGUAGCCCAGCACCAACAAGGCAACUUGGCUGGACACACUCAAGAGGUGUGUGGCUUGAAAUGGUCUCCAGAUGGUUCCUACUUGGCCAGUGGUGGCAAUGACAAUCUAUUGAACAUUUGGCCUGCUGAUCCUGGACGUUAUAUUUCUCAAGCCCAACCUUUGUACACACUGACACACCAUCAAGCAGCAGUUAAAGCUUUGGCAUGGUGUCCUUGGCAACCUCGUUUGUUGGCCAGUGGUGGAGGUACAGCUGAUCGUCACAUCCAUUUUUGGAAUUGUAAUACUGGAGCCAAUCUACAAAAUGUUGACACAAAGUCACAGGUGUGUGCACUGCUUUGGUCUAGUGACUUCAGGGAAUUAAUUUCCAGUCAUGGCUUUGCCCAGAAUCAAUUGAUCAUUUGGAAAUAUCCGACUUUGAGUAAAGUUGCGGAACUCACAGGGCACACAGCCAGAGUACUGCACUUAGCCAUGUCUCCGGAUGGUUCCACUGUUGUAUCGGCUGGUGCUGAUGAGACGUUACGAUUAUGGAAAUGUUUUGCUGUUCCCGAACAAAAGAAGACUGCCCAAAAGAGCACUGCCAAAGACAGCAGCAUUUCUCGCUUUUCCACCAUUCGAUAA